UUCUACACAUGAAAGUGUUUUAGUUUGGCGGCAAAUAUUUUUUUUUUCAAUCCAAAAUAGAUAUUUUUUUUCACCUUAAAAUCUGUGUAUUAAAAAAAAAUGUAAAAAUUAAUCGUGCCACCUCUUUAUCAAUAAUGAUAAAGUAAAGCUGAUUAUCAUUUUUGCAUCAAAGUGCAAUCGAACUUGCAAUCGUAAUGUUCCCAAUGAUUAAUCUUAGUUUGAUUAAUAAAAAUAAAUUGAUAAAUGAGAAGAGUAAAAAGAGUGUUGAGAAAAAAACCUGAAAUGUUCACUUUUUGGAUACUGAUAUCGUUUGUGUUUAAAUCGGCCACUUCUUACGUAGAAAUCGUCGAAGAAGCUGCGUUUGAAAAUACCACGAUGAGAUUAACUUGCAGACAUUUUGACUCUAUCAUUGUUAUUCAUAACGCUACAUUUAUGCCUGUGAGUAAUGUUAAUAAAAAUGAUUAUGAAGAAGGAUUGGUUGAAGUAAGGCGAGCUUUAAAUCAUAGAUGCUCAGGUGUUAGUCAUUGCAGCUUUAUAGUCAAUCAAGACAGCCCUAUUGCUUCUCGAUGGGGAUCAGGAAAUUUAUCUGUAACAUAUGCUUGCAUAUCAGAUACAGAAAUAAAAAAAUAUUGCAACCAAGAUAUAACACUGCCAGAUAACGAUAAUCCAGGUUCAUCUGAGGCUUACGUCCAUAGCCCAGGUUACCCAAAAUUCUAUUUAGGACAGGAAAGGUGCACCUGGAGGAUUACCGCUCCCCAUUACCAAAGGAUUAAAGUUACUAUUUUAGAUUUAUCUCUAUUCGGUAACACCGAAAACUGCAACGAUCAAUUAUUGAUAAAAGACUCCGGUCAAACUAUCUACUCAUCUUGCAAUCAAAAUCAAUCUCUAACACAAAUGACUUCCGUCUCAGAUUCAAUUGAAAUAAUUUUAUCUUCAACUGAAAUUUUAACACCUCGAAGAGGAGUGCUAUUUCAUUAUGCCCCUGUGGGAUGUAAACCAUUAAAUAUACCAAAUAACGGAUAUUUGGUGUCUAAAAAUGAAAGUGUUACAAUUUUUGGGUGUUGUGCAGAUUUUACUUUUAGUGAUACUAAUCAAAAAACUAAAGUUAUUAAGUGUAUAGGUUACAAAUGGGAUUUUAUACUACCGCUUCCAUCUUGUGAUAACAAACGAUUAAUAACUGACAUCCAGGAAUAUUCUUCUAGAAAAAUUUCACAUCAAUCCAACAUGCAAGAAUUAAUUGCUCCAAUUGUAUUAAUUGCUUUGUUGUUUACAAUCAACGCUAUAAUACUUUUUAUCAUCUUCCAAUACAGGAAAAGGAAAAACUCUUCCCCUGUGUGCAAUGAAGAGGAAUUGAAAACUUUCUCAGUGACUUCACCUGGAUCAUUGGCCUGAUUAAUAAUGACCUUUAUAUUUAAGUUAAUAAAUUAUAAUAUGCUAUGUUCAUGACGAAGGAAUUGUAACGAUUUUUCUUUCUUUUAUACUUAUUAUUUCUUGGUAAUAAAAUAAACGAUAAAAAAU